GUGGCGGAUAGGGGAGUUAAUCGUCGACCAAAAGUCGCGAAUACUUGCCUAGACGCAGAGGAUUCAGGGGAUGGACUCCCUGAUUUUAGUGUGCUGGUCGAUAUACCUUCUGUUUCUAGAAGGCGUAUCCACGCAUACAUGCAUCUGGAGAGGCUUUACAGAGAAGACCAUACUUUCUUCAAGGCCGAGAAUGGGAGAACAUUUGCAAAACCCGACGGAACUUCGCCGACUACAAGACCAAUAUGACUUCCCUUCGUCCUCCUGA